AUGGAUAACGAAUAUAGAGGUCAUGUUGUGGUGCUUCCAUAUCCAAGCCAAGGCCACAUCAACCCUCUCCUUCAGUUUGCAAAACGCCUGGCCUCUAAAGGCGUUAAGGCCACAUUGGCCACAACCAGUUCAACUGUCAACUCCAUUUGUGUCCCGAACGUUGGGAUCGAGCCCAUCUCCGAUGGGUUCGGCCAGGCCGGCUUUGCUCAAGCCGCAGAUGAGGACACUUUCCUUCAAUCAUUCAAAACCAAUGGCUCAAGAACCCUAUCUCAAGUCUUGGAUAAAUACCAAAACUCCGACUUUCCUGUCAAUUGUGUAGUUUAUGAUUCUUUUUUGCCAUGGGCUCUUGAUGUGGCCAAGAAACAUCGCAUAUAUGGAGCUUCAUUCUUUACCAAUUCGGCCACGGUGUGCAGCCUCUUUUUCCGCGUUCAUCAUGGCUUGCUUUCUCUUCCAUGUAAGCUGGAAGAUAUGCCCUUGUUGGUUCCUGGCCUGCCUCCACUCAACUUUCCUGACCUGCCUAGUUUUCUUAAGAAGCCAGAUAGCUACCCAGCUUACUUGAAGUUGAAGCUGAACCAGUAUCCUGACUUGGACAAGGCUGAUUGGGUCUUUGUAAACACAUUCGAGGCACUAGAAGGCCAGGCUGCAAACGGAUUAUCAAAGCUGUUCUCUGGGAAGUUGAUUGGCCCCAUGGUCCCUUCAGCUUAUUUGGAUGGGCAGAUUACGGGAGAUAGAGGAUAUGGAGCAAGCCUAUGGAAGCCUCUUGGCGAAGAAUGCAACAAAUGGUUAGAAGCAAAGCCACCCAAAUCGGUUGUUUAUGUCUCCUUCGGAAGUAUGGUGUCUUUGACAGAAAAGCAGAUGGAAGAGUUAGCAUUGGGGUUGAAAGAAAGUGGGGUGCAUUUCUUGUGGGUGGUGAGAGAAUCUGAACGCAGCAAGUUGCCCAAAGAAAUCUCUGACUCAGCAAAGGAAAAGGGUCUGUUUGUGAAAUGGUGCAACCAGCUAGAAGCACUUGCACACGAAGCUAUUGGGUGCUUUGUGACUCAUUGUGGCUGGAACUCAAUACUUGAAGGGCUCAGCCUCGGAGUGCCUAUGGUGGCAGUGCCGCAGUGGGCCGACCAGCUCACUAAUGCUAAGUUCGUGGAGGAGAUAUGGGAGGUUGGGGUCAGAGCCAAGGAAGAUGAGCAGGGUGUUGUGAGGAAAGAAGAGUUUGUUGGGUGUUUGAAGAAAGUAAUGGAGGGAGAGAGAAGCCAAGAGAUUAGGAAGAAUUCAAGUAAGUGGAGGGAGUUGGCUAAGAAAGAAUUUAGUGAAGGGGGGAGCUCUGAAAAGAAUAUUACUGGAUUUGUAGAGCAUUUGAGGCUUGCUAACAAGAAAGGAGAGGCAAAUUUAUGGUCUACCUAACUAUUGCAAUUGAGAAUUUAUUUUUUCUCUCAAACCCUAGCGCUGCAACCUCUCUCUCAAACCCUCAGUCUUUCAACGCAGCAAGGGGGAGGUGGUCACUACCUCUCCUUCCCUCCCCCCUUAUACCUCUUUCAAUUUCCAAUUUCCAUCUUCCGUCUUCCUCUUCAUUCCAUCUCGGUUAUCUUCUUCUUCAUUCCAUUUCAAAUUUGUAGUUUUUGUAUUUGUUUUGUGUGUUUUGGUGUGUUUGCAGUUAUUUCACUCAUCAUUAGUUCUGGUGGCGACGUCUCGGUCUUCAUAGAAGCUACGGCAGCGGUACUUUGGCUUUUGGUGGUGUUUCUGCUUUUGGUUGGCUCUGGCUUUAUGCCAGUUGUAAACUUUAUGCCUAUUUGAGUUUUAUUUCUAGUGGGCUUUUACUAUUGCAUUUGUUUGGACUCAUUUUUAUGA